AUGGAUAUUUACCCAAAAAUCAAAAAUCUGUUGUGGCGUGUUUGUAGGGGGUAUUCUCCCUACUCGGUAAAACUUCGAGAGCGAGGGGUGGAUGUGGAAAGGGGUUGUGGUUUGUGUAGAAGGGAGGAAACUAUAGACCAUGUCUUGAGGGAUUAUAGUAAAGCCAGGGAGGUUUGGAGACAAAGUGGCCUUGGUGUAGCUUUGUAUGGUGAUACCUUUAAUAAUAUUUUGCUGCAGAUCCUCAAGUCGUUAGAAACUGAUAAAGUUCAACUUUUUUGCUGUAUUGUUUGGGCCUUGUGGUCAGCUCGGAAUGCAUUGCUGUGGGAACGGAAAGAACAAACGACUCAACAGGUGUUGGGUAAUGCUGUGUGCAUGAUUCGAGAUUGGAGGGACUGCUCUGUUUCUAAUAGUUCAUAUGCUGCGUCUAUUCCUUCACAACGAGUUGCUUCUUUGCCAACAUGGGGAUCUUCAGAUAUUGCAGGUUGGUAA